AUGGUUCUUACAGUUGUUCUCUCACAGAAGGCGCGGUUUAUGAUUAAUGACAGCGACUGGUGUGGUGUUCCAGUCUACGGGGUCAUCCAUCUCCCUGCCUGUUGGUUUCCUUCAACGAAUGCUGACCAGCAGGGACCUGAUGUCCCUCCAUUUAUGAUCGACAAAAUGAAGUGGGAGUGGAGAAACGUCGAACGACAAAAAUUCUUCAACAAGAAAAGUGUCAAAAAAACUGGAAAACCGGCAAAAAAAGAUGGGAAGGGGAUCCGUGAGAUGGUUUUACUCAACCUACUUAUGUACUUCAUGAGGUUCGACUUUAGAUAG